UUUGCAUAUUGUGAACAUUCAGCUUUUGCAGGGUUUCUUUAAGCUUCGUAGGCGUGAUUCCUCAAGAGAUGGGGACGUUGAAAUUGGAAUGCAUCAGCCUGAUGCUUCUGCUAAUUUAAAAGGUUUCUUAAAAAAGGUUGAUGGAGUCGAGAGCCUAAUCGCUAAGCUGGGGAAUCUCUUGACUAAGCUCCAGACUGCAAAUGAGGAAUCAAAAGCAGUUACAAAAGCCAGUGCCAUGAAAGCAAUUAAGCGGCGAAUGGAGAAAGAUAUAGAUGAAGUUGGCAAAAUUGCUCUCUUGGCAAAGGCAAAAUUGGAUGAACUGGAAAAAGACAACCUGUCAAACAGCCAGAAAACUGGAUGCGGGAAGGGUUCUGCAGUAGACCGAUCAAGAGAACAGACUACUGGGGCAGUGAGAAAGAAAUUGAAGGGGCGGAUGGAUGAAUUUCAGGUAUUGAGAGAAUCAAUCCGGCAGGAGUAUCGGGAAGUUGUUGAACGAAGGGUAUUUACUGUAACUGGCAAUCGCCCUGAUGAAGAGACUAUUGAUGAUUUAAUAGAGACUGGGAGAAGUGAGCAAAUUUUCAAAGAUGCGGUCCAACAGCAGGGGAGAGGCCAGAUAUUGGACACAGUUGCUGAGAUACAGGAGCGACAUGACGCUGUAAGGGAUCUAGAGAGGAAGCUUCUGGAGUUGCAGCAGAUAUACCUGGAUAUGGCAGUAUUGGUUGAUGCUCAAGGAGACGUGUUCAACCACGUACAGACACAUGUUUCAAAUGCUACAAACUACAUACAGCAAGGCGCGGGUGCCCUCCAGAGUGCGAAGAAGCAUCAGAGGAACUCGAGAAAGUGGAUGUGCUUCGCUAUAUUCGUUCUGAUGGUAGUGGUGAUCGUUGUCAUCCUAAUUAUUCACCCAUGGAAGAAGUAACUCUUGAGCACGGCCUGAAGCGGAAGAUCUCGGCGGAAUAUAUACAUAUAUAUAGUGUUUUCCUGUAUGUGCAUUCUAUGUAGUCUGUCACCACUCUUCUAUCGCUGUACCUAUGUGUUCAACCAGACAAAACCCAUAUUGUUUGCCCCUAGGGGCUGCGUUGAGUUUCCGGGGUGCUCCACAACUAUGUAUGCUGUGAAACUGGUGAACCCGAAACUCAGUUGUGCAUCCUGA